AGACAUAGUUUCAGCAGAACAGACUAGCAAGAUGGAAGAACUAAAGAAAGAUGAACGCUUUUGUCACAUAGCUAAAGAUCCUCGCUAUUGGAAGAUGAAAAAGCAAGAAAGGAAAGUUAAAAUUGACAAAAGAUUUAAUGCUAUGUUUGAGGACAAAAGAUUCAAGUUAAAGUACAGUGUUGAUAAGAGAGGUAGACCAGUCAAUACAACUAGUAAUGAAAACCUGAAAAAGUUUUAUGAACUUUCUGACUCUGAUGUUUCCGAUGACAAUGACGAGGAGACUGAAAAUGAUGAAAUUAAGAAAAGUAAAAAUAAAAAGGAGAGUAAAAUGGACAAAAAUGUGAAAAAUAAGUUACAAUUGGAUAACAAAACUAGUAACGUAAAACAAUCAAAUAAAGACACCUCAAAGCAUAAAGACAACAGAAGCAGUAAAACAAAUAUAAACACUUUAAAGCUUAAAGAAAAUAGAACCACUCAUAAACAUAAUGCAAUUAAAGAAACAGAAGAUCCAGAAUCUGAUGAGGAUGGUGAUGAUGAGGAGGAUCUGGAGGAAGACAUUGAUGAAUCAGAUGUUGAAGAAAAUGAUACAAAUAAAAGAAAUGAAAUAUUAAAUGGACGCAGUAAGCGCCCUAUAAAUGUGGAUGCUGAUCAGGAAGAUUCAGAUGAAGAGGGUUCAGAGAGUGAGGGUUCAGGUAGUGAGCAGUUGGAGAGUGAGGGUUUAGGCAAUGAGGGUUCAGGGAGUGAAGGUUCAGACAGUGAAGAAUCAAGCAGUGAGACUGAUAAUGUGGAUCUUGCAAGAGGAGCUGGGAAUAUUCCAACCAGUGAUGAGGAAUCAAGUGGAGCUGACUCUGAUGAAAAUGAAGGUGUAGAUCCCAGGAUAGGUGCAGAGAGCAGCUCAGAGGACAGUGAAAGUGACCAAGAUGCUAAAGAUGAAGACUUUGAUCACAAAUGGGGAGAGUUGGACACUGAUGCCCGGGAGGCUGUGGAGAUCACUAAUCGUUUAGCUGUAUGCAACAUGGACUGGGAUAGGAUCAAAGCACAGGAUUUACUUGUACUAUUUAACUCUUUCAAGUCUGCUGGAGGUGUCAUUCUCUCUGUUAAGAUAUACCCAUCAGAGUUUGGUAAGGAACGUAUGGCACUAGAAGAGAAGCAAGGACCCACUGAGCUGGUGGAAGAGAAACUGGCCAGUGACGAGGAGGAGACUCCAGAGGGUGCUGAUUACCAUCGAGAGAAAUUACGUAAAUAUCAACUCCAGAGAUUAAAAUACUAUUAUGCAGUUGUGGAGUGCAACUCCCCAGAGACAGGCAAUCAGAUUUAUACAGAAUGUGAUGGGAUAGAAUAUGAGGCCAGCGCUACUAAAUUAGAUCUUAGGUUUAUUCCCAAUGACAUGACUUUUGAUGAUCCACCCUCAAGUGUAGCUAGUGAUAUGCCUGACCAGGCAACCUAUAAACCUUCAAUGUUCUUCACCACUGCACUCAACCAGUCUAAGGUGGCGCUAACCUGGGAUGAAACAGACCCUGAUCGCAAGCAGGUGCUCAAUAAAAAGUUCACUCCUGAUGAACUAGAAGAAAUGGAUGUGAAAGAUUAUCUAGCAUCUUCUGGAUCUGAUGAUGAUAAUCAAGGUGCAGAAUAUGAAGGUCUUGACAACGACGACUCUGACUCCGAGGAUGAGGCUGAGAAGAUGUCCAAGUACAAAGCACUCUUAGAGGGACUUGAGAAGAAGGACCCUGUUGAGGAUGACACUGAUGCUGGCAUGGAGAUUACAUGGGAACCAGGUUUGAAGGAGACUACAGAAGAUCUGGUGAAGAAGAAGUCUAAAGAGAACGAAGGACAGACACCUUGGGAGAAGUACCUUGAGAAAAAGAAAGAAAAGAACAUAAAGAAAAGAGAAGCUAAAGCAAAGGGGAAAAAGAAUGAGAGUGAAAAUGUGGAAACAAUUGUGGCCCCUGCUGGGAAGGAUGAUGCCGCUGCAUUCAGCGAUGAUGAAUUACCUGAAGGUGUUGACAUGAAUGACUCAUACUUCACUGAGGCUCUUAAUGAAGGCACAGCUGGACAACCAGCUGCAACCAAAGAUGGUAAGAGAAAGAAGUACAGGAAAGGCAAGAAACCCAAGGAUUCAGAUCUCAACCCUAAAGAUCAACAGGAACAGGCCGAGAUGUCUCUGUUGAUGAUGGAUGAGGAUGAUGGCAAGCAGCACUUUAACCUAAAGGACAUCAUGGCUGUUGAGAAGAAAACAAAAAAUAAGAAGAAAUUGAGAAAAUUGAAGGAAAAACUAAAAGCAGCUGAGGAGGAUACUUUUGAGUUGUCAGUUGAUGACCCACGGUUUUCCGCUGUGUACAAUUCCCAUUUGUACAACAUAGACCCCUCUGCACCAGAGUUCAAGAAAACAAAAGCCAUGGACACUAUAGUAAAGGAAAAAUUCAAACGUAAGGAAGAGGGCAACAAUAAAAACACUGAAGAAAAACCUUCAAAAAUACCAAAACUCCAAGAAAAACCAGACAAUAGUUCAACAUUAAGUGCUCUUGUGAAAUCUGUCAAGAGUAAGACUGCACAGUUUCAACAAAACAAGAAAAAGAAAUAGUAUUUAAUUAUUAUGUAUAUUGGAUGACUCUUACAGAACAGCAUGAAGAAGAACUUCUGCUAUUAAAAUAAAAUUUAUAAAAAUUAAUAAUCAG